CGCUCGGAGCGCCUCGGAGCUGAGGGGCCUCUGCUCCGCGCUGCGGGACCGCUCCCAGCGCCCGGCUCCGGGCAGCGGCGGCGGCGGCGGCGGCAGCAGCAGCCACCGCCCUCCCCGUGCCCCUCCGCCGGCGUCCUGCCCCGCCCCGCCCCGCCCUGCCCCGCCCCCGCCAUGCUUCCGUGGCUGGUGCCCCCGUGAGAGGCGAGCGGCAGUGCCGGCGGCCAUGCAGGUCCUGGCAGGCUGGGCCGUGCUGGUGGCACUGGGCGAGUGGCUGUGGGCCGCCGCGGAGGUGCCGCUCGGGGACUUCUACCCCUUCGGGCCGGCCCAGGGCGACGCCGCCACUCGGAAGCAGGACGACGGUGGCUCCGAGCUCCGGCCCCUCUCCAUCCCCUUCCCCUUCUUUGGUGCGGGGCACACCGGCCUCUAUGUAAACAAUAAUGGGAUCAUCUCAUUCCUGAAGGAGGUCUCCCAGUUCACACCAGUGGCCUUCCCCAUCUCCAAGGACCGGCGUGUGGUUGCUGCUUUCUGGGCAGAUGUGGAUAAUCGGCGGGCAGGUGAAAUAUAUUACCGAGAGAGCACCGAGCAGCCCAUCCUGGACAGAGCGAGCAGGGACAUUGCCCAGUAUUUCCCUGAGUUCCCAGGGUUUUCUGCACAGUGGGUCUUCAUUGCAACCUGGUACCGAGUCACCUUCUUCGGGGGCAACUCAUUUUCACCAGUAAACACUUUCCAGAUUGUCCUCAUCACGGAUGGCAAGCUUUCCUUCACCAUCUUUAACUAUGAGUCCAUCACCUGGACCACGGGUAUGCACGCCAGCAGUGGGGGGGACUUUGCUGGGCUCGGUGGCAUCGCAGCACAGGCAGGUUUUAACGCUGGUGAUGGAAAGCGCUACUUCAACAUCCCCGGAUCCCGCACCGAUGACAUCGCUGACGUGGAGAUGACGACAAAUGUGGGUAUCCCCGGGCGCUGGGUGUUCAGAAUCGAUGAUGCCCAGGUGCAAGUGGGGGGCUGCAGCAAUACAACCUCUGUCUGCCUGACACUGCGGCCCUGCCUGAAUGGGGGGAAAUGUAUCGAGGACUGCAUCACGGGGAACCCCUCCUACACCUGCUCCUGCCUGGCCGGUUUUACUGGGAAGAGGUGCCAUGUUGAUGUGGAUGAGUGCCUCUCCCACCCAUGUCAGAACGGAGCCACCUGCCUCAACGGUGCCGGCAGGUUCACCUGCAGGUGCCCGCCAGGCUUCAGAGGCAACAGCUGCGAGACUGCAGAAUCACCAUGUGAGAACAGGGUGUGCCAGAAUGGUGGGAGUUGCCAGGUGGUGAACAGGACAGCAACAUGCCUGUGCCAGUUGGGGUAUACAGGGGAAGACUGCCAAACAGAGGUGAACGAAUGUGAGUCCAGCCCAUGCCUGAACGGCGGGCACUGCAUUGACCUGGUCGAUAACUACACCUGUGUGUGCCUGGAGCCCUUUGUGGGACAGCGCUGCGAGACAGACUCAUCUUCCUGCGAGGACCGGAGUUGCCAGAACCGGCAGACAUGCAAUUACAUCCGCCCUGGCCGCUAUAUCUGCACCUGCUCACCGGGUUAUUACGGCAACAACUGCCAGUACGGUGGGCCCCGCAUGCCCGGCGCCUGCCUCUCCCACCCGUGCCAGAACGCAGGCAGCUGUCUGGAGACUGAGCGGGGCUAUGUCUGUGAGUGCCAGGAGGGCUACACCGGACAGGACUGUCGAGACCAGCUCCCUGAGGGCUGUGAGUGUCGUAAUGGGGGCAGUUGUCUGGAGGGGAACGUCACCGUCUGCCAGUGCCUUCCUGGGUUUUUUGGUCUCCUCUGUGAAUUUGAAGUCACCACGACACCGUGCAACAUGAACACGCAGUGCCCGGAUGGCGGGUACUGCAUGGAGUAUGGCGGGAGCUACCUCUGUGUCUGCCACACCAACUACGGCACCAACCACACGAUGCCGUCCCCCUGCGACUCAGAGCCCUGCUUGAAUGGGGGGUCCUGCAAGGUUCACGAUGACUCCUACAUCUGCGAGUGUCCUCAAGGCUUCCUUGGCAUGCACUGCGAGAAAGCCAAGCCUCGGCUCUGCAGCGCGGGGCCCUGCCGCAACGGGGGCACCUGCAGGGAGGCGGAUGGCGAGUACCACUGCACCUGCCCCUACCGCUUCACCGGCAAGCACUGCGAGAUCGGUAAGCCGGACCCCUGUGCGUCGGGGCCCUGCCAGAAUGGAGGCACCUGUUUCCACUACAUCGGCAAGUACAAGUGUGACUGUCCCCCAGGCUACACGGGCCGGCACUGCGAGAUUGUGCCCUCCCCUUGCUUUCUUAGCCCCUGUGAGAAUGGGGCUACCUGCGAGGACCUCGGCGGGGGCUAUGCUUGCACCUGCUCCCUGGGCUAUGUAGGGAAGCACUGCCAGAUUGAGGUUGACUGUGGCAUUCCCAGUGAGGUGAAGCAUGCCCAGGCUUCUUUCAACUCCACCAAAGUGGGCUCAGUGGCUGAAUACCAGUGUGAGCUGGGCUACAUCCUCAGCCAGCACAACCAUCCCCGUGUCUGCCGUGUGCCGGGUGUCUGGAGCGACCCCCCCGAGUGUGAUGAGAUUGACGAGUGCCAGUCGCAGCCCUGCCUGAAUGGUGGCCAGUGCAAGGACCGUGUCUCUGCCUUCCUGUGCUUGUGUGAGCCAGGUUACACCGGCUACCACUGCGAGCUGGAUGUUGACGAGUGCCAGUCAGAACCCUGCAAGAACAGUGGGACCUGCCAAGACCUCCCCGGGUCCUUUGCUUGCUACUGUCCUGAGGGCUUCCUGGGGACCCAGUGUGAGACAGAAGUGGAUGCCUGCGAGUCAGACCCUUGCCAAAAUGGAGGGGAGUGUGAGAGCUACGGGGGCUCCUACCUCUGUGUGUGCCCAGAGGGUUUCUUUGGCUAUCACUGUGAGACAGCCAGUGACCCGUGCUUCUCCAGCCCCUGUGGGAGCAGAGGCUACUGCCUGCCCAGCAAUGGCACCCACAGCUGCACCUGCAAAGUCAGCUACACAGGCAAGAACUGCGAAAAAGAAUUGCUGCCACCAACCUCAUUAAAGGUGGAAAGGGUGGAGGACACUGGUGUGUUGAUUUCUUGGCACCCACCUGAGGACGCAGCUGCCAGGCAACUCAUUGACGGCUACGCCGUGACGUACGUAUCCCUCGACGGCUCUUACCGCAGGACAGAUUUUGUGGACCGAAGUCGUUCUGCCCACCAAUUGCGGGCACUAACCUCCGGCAGAGCCUACAAUAUUUCUGUCUUUUCAGUCAAACGCAACGUGAACAACAAGAAUGAUAUCAGCAGGCCCGUCAUGCUCACCACGCGCACUAGACCGCGUCCGGUGGAAGGCUUUGAGAUCACGAAUGUCACUGCCAGUGCCAUCACGGUGCAGUGGGCUCUGCACCGCCUCCAGCACUCCACUGUCAGUAGGGUGAGGGUCUCCAUCCGCCAGAUGGGGGACCUGGCAGGCCGCACCGUGGAGCUGAACAGCAGCGUGGCCAAGUACACCUUCCUCGACCUGCAGCCAGGAGAGAGGUAUAUCAUCCAUGUCACGACACUGAGCGGCCUGGGAGUGGAAGACCACCCCUCAGAGAGCCUGGCCACAGCCCCUUUUCAUGUGUGGACAAGGCCUCUCCCCCCACAAAACCUCACCGCCUCCCAUGUCACCGCCACCUCUGUGUCCAUGGCGUGGGAGCAGCCGCCCGCUGGCACCAUGGAGGGGUACAUCAUCAAUGUCACCACGGCUCAGAGCGUCAAGAGCCGCUACGUGCCCAACGGGAAGCUCGUGUCCUACACGGUGCGGGACCUGCUGCCUGGGCAGCGCUACCACCUGUCCCUGACAGCUGUGCAGAACACGGAGCAAGGCCAGGUGCACAGCGAGCCCAUCCACCUCUACGUCAGCACCUUGCAGAGGGAUGGGGCUCCAGAGAGACGGUGGAGCCAAGCCGGGCACCCCCGGGUUCUGCGGAACCGGCUGCCCCCAGCCUUCCUGCCGGAGCUCCGCCUGCUGGCAGAUCACGACACGGCUGAGGAGCCCUCGCCAGCCCCCAGGUUCACAGAGCUGGUGGAUGGCAGAGGGAGGAUCAGUGCCAGGUUUGGCACGGCGCUGGGAAAAUCCAUCACUGUGAAGACACAGCCAGAGGCUCCAGUGAAGCUGGAGAACACAGAGGUGUCCAGCUGGGACAGUCUGGCACUACAGCUGCGUGAGGCAAAGAGCAAGAGAGAGGGGCAGAACUGCUCCAAGAAUCCCUGCAGGAAUGGAGGCACCUGUACCCGAGAUGAAGAGUCCUACCACUGUGCCUGCCGCCCGGGCUUCAAGGGCCGGGUCUGCCAGCUGGGACCAGGAGAGUCUACAAGGUACAGCAGGAUAUCUGCUACAAGGAGAGCUGUGAGAGCACCAGUUCCAAGGGGACAAGCAGCAGAAAGCCAAGCAACAGUCACACACUGAAGAAGCCAUAGAAGGUUUAAAGCAGUAGAAGCUUCGUCUUUCCACAUCUAAGGGCUUUUUGAACACCAGGAAGAUCAGAUCUGCUCACUGGGUUGGACACAGCAGGGGAGCCUUCCUGCCUGGUGUCAACCUCUCCCUCUCCUGCAGCCCAUUAGGGACACGCAGCUGGAUCAGCACACUGAGUAGUGCUCCCUUUCCCCCUGCUGGCCCAGCACUGCCUUUGCUGGCCCCCUCUGCCCCUGAGCAGCUGAGCACCAGUGCCCCUGGAGGGGGCCAGCCCUGCUCAGCACCCCCAGCCACUCUGCACAAGCGACGGGCUCCCCGCUUCACUCAGGGAUCAGCCCAGCUCCUUGCCAACAGCAUCUGCACCAAUCUGUUUCCGUAAUCCAAGGUUAUAAAUUACCUAUAACCCUCCAAUAAAACAGUUUAAUGCAGACCAAAAAGCUUUAGCCAUCACCUGAAAUCUGGCCCCCAAAGACAUGCUCUGAGGAGCAGCCUCUGUAGAUGAGUUAGAAAUGGUGAGCAGCUCCGAGUGGUGAGGUGAGCACGGGCAGUAGAGGAGCAUUCCUGUUUCCUCUGCUCCAGCAGGGGAAACUGAGGCAGCUUCUACUGCCUGCCUUUUUUCUUUGCUUUGUAAACAAGCCCUGGUUUUAACCAAAUUUCCAGCUCAGAAACCAAUAGAGCACCUAAAAAGAAUUUAAAAUGUGAUCUGUAGGGUGAAAUCUGUCAGCUGAGGCAUGCCAGUGCCACCACACUUGCAGCUGCCUCCACACCAGUGCAGGGCACAGCAGAGGCUUGGUGAGGAAACCAUCCCCACCCACCAUCCCUGCACUGCACUUCCCUGUGGCACCAGUGCUGCAGGGUUAUGUGGAGGAGAGGACCAGCACCCAGCACUGCAGCAGGGCAGGCAAGGAAAGAAAAAGUGUAGCUUAGAAACGUUCCUAGUUUUUGUGAGUUUGUAUGACAACACUAGUUAAACAUAGAUUUGUGUAUUAACAUACACGGUGUAUAUUAUAAAUUAACACAUACCAGAGAUAUAUCGCAGUUAUGGUAUAGAGCGUCAUGGCUCCAGCAGAGUGGGAUUAUCCUGGUGGGGAGGGCCUCCCCUCCCGCCAAGCAGAGCUCUGUUGCUCAGCCACAUGUCUCAAGCAGCAGCUUGGAAGCUGCUCUCAGAGCAGGACAGGCCCAGGAGUUUCAGCGCUCCUGCCACCACCCUCUUCCUCCUGGGAGCAGGGACAAUGUGGAGCCACGACCAGCUGGCCAGUGUGCUGCUCCCCUCCUGCACCACCUCUAGCUUUGCUCCAACAGGACAGACAUGCCUUGUUUUCCUCCAAGGCUGCCUGGUCCUGCUCCAGCUGCCUGGCAAGCACAGCAGCCCUGCCUUCCCAGGGCAGGAGAAGAAGCCAGCCCUCCCUAGCAGGAAGAGCAGGGCAAGGGGAAACCCAGACAGGAGCGUUUGGAGCUGUGGUCUGAAAGUAAUAGCACCACUGCUCUGCCAGCCCCAAGAUCAGCACUGACAUGGGCUGUGGAGCUGGAGGUGGCCCUGCCAUGGGACAGUUCUGUAUCCCAGGACCUGUCCCCACAUCACCAGGCAGCUUGGUCCCACUGCCAGCCAGCAGAGCAGCCCACAGCCUCCUGUCCCACAGCUGGCUCAGUAUGUAACGCAGCCAGAAGGUUUUAACCUAGUCUUGGAAAUAAAUUAGGGGUUUUUGUUUGAUUUUUUUUUUUUAAUAAAAACACUUUAUGGAAA